GUGGAAUAAUUUUUAACGAAAGAGGAAACAUUUUUGGGACAGAAAAAAUGGCAUCAUGGCUGCCUAGCGCUUGAAUAUGCUUUGAGAAAAAAUCCAUUUUCUGUUUGCAAUUUAGGAGAUUUUGCUGAAAAAAUACGCGAAAAAGUUGCCCAGGGUACUGGUGCAUGUGUUUCAAGUGGAAAAUUUGGCAAAGUGAUAGUGAAAGUGGGUGAAAAAGUGGUGAAAAGUUGGCUUGUGACAUUUUCUCGGUCCGCGCGCGCGUCGUUUUCCGGAAAAAGACAAAAAAGCGCUCAGAAGUGAAUCGCCCCAGAGAUUUUUAAUGCGCUGUUUGGGUGUGUAAAAUGACGACAAAUUGGCCGGAAACAGUGGACAAUGUCGAAUUCAGUUUUUACGGACUUUACGGCACAGAAUAAGAAUGACAGCAGCCUGGUAAUUGUUAUGAAUAAGGAUGGAAGCGUUGUGUCCGUCGAUCCAACAGCUCUUCGCAGUUAUCUGAAAAAUGAAUCCGGCAACACUUCCGUGAGCGUCGUUCGAGUCACAUCACCGACGCCGAGUCUCAAGGAGGAAAUCGAGAAGGAGCAGCAGGAAAAGCCCCUGGACAAUGAUGACAUGGACAUUGAGUCCACCAGGCAGGAUGUAGAUGAAGAAGCACCCCAUGUCAGAGUCACAGUCGAAGAUUACUAUCCUCCGGAUGAAGCCAAGAAGCUCGCAGCUGAAAUCCUCCAAUAUGCUGGGAUGACUUCGCAUUUACUUCUUGACAUUGACAAUGAAGAACGCGUUAAGAGUAUCCACAAUGAUCAUUGCUACACUCCCCUGACUUCCCCGAGUCAGCGUCAUCCUGCAUCACGUUCCCAGACCCCAACAGCAGCAGCAGCAGCGGCACCGCAGAAGGAGCAGCAGCAGCCGCCCAAGAAGGUGCCAGAGAUCAAACAGAAGGACGACAGCAAGGCCAAGGAGGAGUCUCCGGAAGCGGACAAGUCCGAGGCUGAGACUGAAAGUACUGAAAGUGAAAGUGAAUUUAGUGUGAGUGAAAGUGAGAACGAUCGGGACAGUGAUUUGGACUAUCAGGUGAAUGAUCGAGUGUCCAGACGGGUGAGUGGUAGAAAAGUUCGUGGGGGUGUUGCCAAAGGGGUUCAGAGUACGCGAAAUCGGGUUGGUAGGAAGAGACAGAGUUUCUCAGUUGAGGCAGGAGGAGGAGGCGGAGGAGGCGGUGAGAGUGGUGAAGAGGAGGAAGUGAAGGAGAAGAAGAAGAAGCCUAAAGGUAAGGUAAGCAAUAAGGCAUCACCGUUGAAGGUGGUGAAGAAGAAGGAGGAAGUUCAGGUGAUUCAGCAGACGGUAGUUAAGGAGGAAGUUAAGGCAGUUCCGGAAGUUGCUGCUGCAAGGUCUGGGCAGCAGCAAUUGCAGCCGGUGAAGAAGGAUAAAAAGCCUCCGGCUCAUGUUGAGGCUCUGUUCUCGGACAUGACCUCACUUUUCUCCACGCCGGACAUUAUAAAGAAGGUAGGGAGCGAAGCAGGAGCAGGAGCAGGAGGAGCAGGAACAGGAAGUGGGAGUAAAACAGAACCUCCACCUUUGGUGUAUACAAAGACUUUUGGGCAGAAGAAGGAGAGUGCCCUGGAAACGGAUCAGCUGGAGCUGAUAGAUUCGAUUGUGAAGCAGGAACUGGAGACGUCACAGACAAUGUCUGGCCAGAGAAUGGCUGAGGACAUUCCGAGUAUUGUGAAGAUGCUGGAGAAUCCGGAGAGUUCAAUUGAUCCGGUUCUCUUGAAUGAUGUCAUUGGACUCAAUUCAAAUCAAGUUCCAACGACAUCAGCGCCAUCUGUCCCGACUUCUGGGCAGACGGAUCUGGAUCUCUUGGAGGGUCUGACAUCCGAAGAUGGCCUUCCGGAUGAACUACUGCAACAUGUGGCGGAAUUGGUGGAAAAUAAGAAUUUGCAGGAGGUGAUUGAUAAGCAGGUUUUGGGUGUUCAGACAACUCUGUCCACGUCAACGGUCACCACAAUUUCCACCAAUCCGCCGGUCAGUUCCAGCACACCAAAGACAGAAGAGAAGGAGAGUCCAUUUGUGAAGUUGGCCAAGCAGAAGCAAAUGGCCAAGGAGGCUGCAGCCUCGAUAAUGUCCAUGAAUCGAAAGGAGCCAAUUACAAUUGUCCGGAGUGAUGGCAGAGUCAUCACUCUGCCACCAAUUGAAGCUCCAACAACGCGAGGGGCCAAGAGAAGAGCCCAGAGUUCAGCUUCGACUCCCAACACUUCAGUAGCUUCUUCUCCAACAUCGACUCCUCAGCAAAAGUCCAAGGAUCCCGAUUCCCUGCCGUCAAUGAAGAAAAUCGUGUCAAAAAUGGAGAAAGACGCCAAGGCAGGAAGUCGAAGGACGAGUGCAACGCCCUCUGUGGCAGAAUCCGAGGAGAACAUGGAUUCCGAUGCCAGUUGGAACUCCGAGGAUGAUCCUGACAGACUUUGGUGCAUUUGCAAGCAGCCCCACAACAAUCGCUUCAUGAUCUGCUGCGACUCGUGCGAAGACUGGUUCCACGGCAAAUGCGUGAAUAUCACCAAGGCGAUGGGACAGCAGAUGGAGGAGCAGGGCAUUGAGUGGCGCUGUCCCAAUUGCCUCAAGAAGGGCGGAUCAGCCAAGAAAUCGGGAGAGAGUGAAAGUUCUUCGGCUCAGAGUCCAAGUUCGUCCUCAAGUAGUUUGUUGAGUUGCAUCGUUUGCAAAAAACCCGCAAGACUCAAUUCAAUCUACUGCAGCGAUGAUUGCAUUCGAAAGCACGCCAUAGUCACCACAAAGAUCACGGCUAAGGAGCCAGCAGCCAAGCCGGGUGGUACCCCGUUGGGAACUAAGAAGGUGGGAGUGCUCAAAAAUAAGUUUGACAGGGUGAUUGUGUACAACAAAGUCACGGGGAAGUGUUUGAGUGGAGAAUCAGCACCAACUUUGACCAAUUUGAAGCACUGGCUCUCCGAGAAUCCCAACUACGAAGUGGUUCAGCCGGGAAGUGCCCUUGGACAAGCAUUUAAGGCAAAACAGGCCCAAUUGGCUAGCAUUUCUAAGCAAAUGGCCAUCAAGAGGCAGCAGCAGGCGGAGAGAGAAAGGGAGGGGCGGGAUAAGGUGCAGACACAGCUGAAAGUGACACAGAAGGGUCAGAUAGUUGUGAUGCACCCGAGUGGUCAGAAGGUGGGAGAGGGUAAGGCUGUUGCUAAGCCGGCAAAAUUGCCACAAGCUUCAACGAGUAGUGGCCAGAAGUCCACUCUGAAGCAAUCCACUCUGCCCGUGACGAAGAGUAAGAAGUCUCCGGGGAGUAGUAGUAGUGGAGGGGAUUCGUCGAAUAAACCGGUAGCCAGGGGGGAACCGGAGCCGAUUAGGGUGAAUGUUAGGAGGACGCUGAAGGAGCAGUUGACGAGUAGGAUUGCAGAUACGCCGGAAGCGGUGGGGAAGUUGAGUGGGGAGGAAGUGACAAAAUUUGCCACGGAUGUUGAAUAUGAGAUGUUUAUGUUGUUCAAUAAGGACACUGGGACGAAGUAUCGGGCGAAAUAUCGAUCAUUGAUGUUCAAUAUCAAGGAUAGGAAGAAUAUGUCGUUGCUGGAGAAGAUCUGUGGGAAGAUGAUAACGGCUAGUCAGUUGGUGCGAAUGGCACCGGAAGAACUGGCUAGUCAGGAAUUGGCACAGUGGAGAGAGAAUGAGAAUAAGCAUCAGUUGGAGAUGAUAAAGAAGUCAGAAUUGGAUUUAUUGGCUUGUGCGAAGAAUUACGUGUUGAAGACGCACAAAGGAGAGGAAGUUAUUGAGAGUAGGAUCAGUGAUCGGGUUUCCCUGGAUCCGUCAAUUGCCGUGGAGGAUGUUGUGUCUGUGCUGAAUGAUACGGUGACUAGUAGCAGUGAACCGGGUGCAGGUGGUUCUGUGGCGGGGAAGGAGAAGUCCCAGGGGAAGGGGGAGAAGGGGAAAGAUGGAGUGUCAAGUAGCAAAAGUCACUCCAGUAGCAGCAGUAGCGGUAGCAAGAAAAAGGAUCGGGAUAGGAGGAGCAGAAGUCGAGAUCGACAUGAUUCCCGUGGGAAAUCGUCCAAGCACAAGCGGAAACGGAGCAGGGACAGAAGGAGCAGGAGUAGGGAGAAGGAAGAGAGGCAUAGGGAGAGUAAAAGAGAUGAUAGGAAGGACAAGAGGGACAGAAAGAGUGUCUCUUCGUCCAGUUCAAAGAAAUCUUCAGAACAGAAACCGCCACAGAAAGAACUGAAGCCUCUGGUGAGUGAAAAGAAGGAAGAUACCUUCAAUCUCAUUGAUAAAAUCCUCAAGGCAUCAGAAUUGAUUGAGAAAGCACCUCAGGAGGAGGAGGAGGAUAAGAAAGAAGAGUCCAAGGAGGUCAAAGAAGAACCAAUGGAGAAGACUGAAAUACUUCCGGAACCUCCGAAGAAAUCCAUGAGUGUUGAAAGUGAUCAAGAACCUUCCAGUACAAUUACAAUUCCCACCCCGCCAGAGACGGCUUUUGACACAGAGGAAGAAUUCCCCGAGGAUAAACCAUCAAUUUGGUCAGGAAGUAUCAAUAUGGUUGAUGUGGCCACAUUCCAAAUUGCAGCAUUCAGUGUUAGUGGAGAAUGUGACGUGGUGGGCAAAGAACUCCCUCCGGCUCUAGACAUUGUCGGUCGGAUUAGUCCGGAAACGGUCUGGGAGUACAUCAGCAAGAUCAAAAAAUCCGGAAACAAAGAGAUUCUGAUAAUGCAAUUCAAAGCUGAAACAGAAUCCGAACAGGCUAAAUAUUCAGCUCUGUACUCGUACUUGGAUUCCCGGAAGCGUCUGGGAGUUGUAAAGACUUCUUCCAGCACCAUCAAGGAUUUCUACAUCUCACCAUUGGCUGCCCAUAAAUCCCUCCCGACGGUCCUGCUGCCCAUUAAGGGGGUCGGUUUUGAGGACAAUCGUCCAGAUUUGCUCCUGGGGAUCAUUGUGAUGAUCAAAAGUGGGAUCAAGAGGGUCUCAACGACUCAAGUCUCCUCAAAGCAUUCAAAGAGGGCAGCACUGACUGCAGCUAAGGGUCAGAUACCUGCCACGGACAAUCACACACCGCCAACGAGUCCCAAUCCGCCGGCUGUCAUCAAGCCAAAGGGAUUGCAGGAGUCCAGGAAGAAGCUGAUGAUGAUUCUGCCCAAGCAGAGUUCAAAGGACAAGGCACAAGUUCCGGACACGAAAACCGCUGCUCCAGCUAAAGAACCAAAUCCCGAUGACGAUGAACCCUACUCUCCUGGUGGGAGUGACGAAGAUAUCCCGAUCAUCCCUUCAAGCACUUCAGCUGCCCCAGCAACGAUGUCAGCUCUCGAUGCUGACGACAUUCAGAGGAAGAUGGAGGAACUCAAUCGGCAGAUUGGAGCCAAGAAGAUGGAAAUUGCUGGGAUUCUCAACAAAGGACAGGACACUAUUAAUGAUGAGCCCUACUCACCAUCGCGGCCUGUGACACCGCCUGGGAUUCCAGCAAUUCCAGCUGCAAUUCCUUCUCUCGCCAAUAUUUCGAUACCAUCGAAUCUCUCGGAGAUUCUCGCGAGUAUUAAGAGUGUUACGGGGCCGGUGGUGCAACCGGGUCCGGUGGUUCCUUCGGCUGCAGCAGCCAAGGGCACCAAUCAAGUCACUCCGAUGGAAGUCGAUGAUGAUGAUGAGGAGUACACUCCCAUUGCUCCGUCGAGUAGUGCAGUGACUUUCCAGGGGGUUGAUUACAAACCAGCUGGCUAUAAGCCGAUUGCUGCUGCUGUGCCGGAUAGUUCAGGGCCCAGCAAAUUGGCUCAGUUGAGUGAGGAGGAGCUGCUUAGUAUGGUUCCGGAUGAUGCAAUUCUCGAGGAUAUUAAGGCCACAAAAUCCGAGGAGGCUGCAACAGAGCAGAGCGAAGAGCCUCUCGGUAAAAAGUCCAAGUGGGAGGAGAGGGAAAAGUCCUCGGAACCUCCCCCUCCGGGUCUUGAGGAUGAAUAUGAGCCAGAAUAAGAAAGAAAAGAAAAUUCUUUUGGUCUCAAAAUCUUAGAGAUUAAGUGUUUUAUCCAUUUCAGAUGAAACAAUACUACAACUUUGUUUUUAUACAUAGGUAAAGAAAAAAACACUCUAAAGUUUAACAUUUUUAAGCUUCUAAAAAUAAACCAUUCAGUAGUUUAUGGAGUAAGGACGAAGUAUAAGGUAAAGUGAAAAAAAAAUCUCUAAUUGCAAAUAAAUUGGAAAAGAAGUUGUAUGAAAGGUAUCAAUGGAACAAUUGAGUAUCCAAUAUUAACAUUUAUUCAAUGUAAUUUUUAGCAAUUGCUAUACCUACUAUAUUUUAUGAAUUCUAUUAAAAAAAAAACAAACAACUAGCGCAAAAGAACUUAGUCUUAUCAUAUUGGUAAUCGCGAAAAAAUGAAUUCUAUAAAAAAAAAUUAAAAGGAAAAAAAGAUGAAUGGGAUGUUCAGUGACAGAGUGAAAUAUCGUGAAUCCUGUAAGUGAGACAAAAUUCACUAAAAGAAAAAAAACUUUAAUGAAUAUAAAUAAAAAGAAAAUGAAGAUUGUACUGAAA